AUAGUAUUGGAAGUUAUUUGUUCAAUAAUAAUUAACGAUGAGCUCGUAUAAAAUGUCGGUUUUCGAUAUCAAUGAAUAACAUUUUGUAGCGAAAUAAUUUACAGUUUGUGAUAGUCAUGGCUAGUAGGUACUUCAACAUAUUAGUAUGCCAUGGUGUUGAUAACAGAAAGAGGUAUUACUGACGAUUACACAACUUUAUACAUUGUUCAUGAUUUAAAUUGAUAUGCACGUAAUUUUUCAUCAAAAAAACUUCAUUCGUUGUAUUACAUAUAUUUUAUACUUUAUUAUCAAUGUCUAACGUAAAAGAAAUUCAAGAACAAAAAUCUGCACAAAAUUACGGGCCGAAGGCGACGUUGGCACAAUGUUUGGCAACAAUAGCCCAAAGUUUUCUUUAUAUCGGAUUGGGUAUGAAUGUAUCGAUGCCCGCAAUAGUCAUUCGCGACUUAUAUCAAAACCCAAACAGUGAAUUCUCAAUAACGACCACCGAGGCCUCAUGGUAUGCAAGUUUGUUGUUUAUUUUCCACCCGGUCGGAUGUUUACUAUCAGGAAUCUUGCAAGAUAAAUUCGGAAAGAAGCGCUGUAUGAUAUUUUCAAACGUUCCCAGUUUUAUAGGAUGGGUAUUGCUGUACUCCGCACAGUCAUCGAUAUCACUGUGCGCAUCGGCCUUACUGAUGGGAUUCAGCACGGGAUUAGGUGCCGAAUCUACCUCAUCAUACGUGGGAGAGAUAACGGAGCCUAGACUCAGAGGAUCUCUGGGUUCGCUGGGAAGCGCGGCGAUGAGAAUAGGCUCGUUACUUAUGUACAUUCUGGGAUUGUUUUUCGACUGGAGAACCUCAGCACUAAUCAGCACGUUCUGUCCCAUUACAUGCAUAUGCUUUGUUAUUUUCAUUCCGGAGUCUCCCAUUUGGUUGAUCGCCAAAGGACGCAAUGAAAAGGCUGAAGAGGCCAUAUGUUGGUUGAGGGGAUGGGUAGAACCUGAAAAAAUUAAACCAGAAUUUCUCGAACUGGUUCAUUACAAUGAAGUAUCUGGAACACGAAGUGGCUGCAAUACUGAUACCGACGAUAAGAAGUUUUUUUCAAAUUUAACCCAGUUCAAAAAUCCGGCGGUCUAUAGACCACUGAGAUUAAUGAUGAUUUUUUUCUUUGUAUCUUUCAUAGUCAGCAUGUUCCCUACCAGACCAUUUAUCACCAAAGUAAUGAAAGAAAUCGAUUUAUUCGAUCACCAAAACGAAUCGUUGAUUCUUCUGACAGGCUUGACGAGUAUAGGAUGCAUUAUAACAACUGCGACUGUUCAUCGAGUUGGAAAAAGAUUGUUGACUCUAUUAACAUUAACGUUAAAUACUGUUUUAUUAUUUUCACUUGGUGCAUACAUUAUUGCAGUCAAAACUGAAUAUCUAAUACCGUCUCCUUUGAUCUCAUUAACAAUUCUGUGCGGUAUUUAUUUUUUCGGCUCAUGCGGUAUUUCAUGUAUUCCCUGGAUGACACUAAUUGAAGUUUUUCCCAACAAAAGCCGAGGAGUUGCUACAUCUGCUUCCUUGGGAUUGGCCUAUAUAAUAUUAUUCACAUUAACAAAAUCAUAUUUAAUAAUUGAAAUGUAUUUAAGUCUAGAGUAUACUAUGAUUCUCUUUGGUUGUAUUGGCCUUUUUGGGUUAAUAUAUCUCUAUUUUUAUUUGCCAGAAACUGAAAAUAAAACUUUAUUAGAAAUCGAAGAAUUUUUUGCAUCAAAUUCAAAAGCUUGAACAUAGAUAAAAAUUAUACUAG